AUGCUGACUUUGCGAUAUCCGUCCACAAAGGCAAGGUCCAGGGGCAUGGUCGACGCCAGCUCAUAUUUCUCCUCGAUGAUCAAAGGCAGUGGAAGUGUAAUGGAAAUGAGUCAUCCCUUGUCGGCCAUUACAAGAAAUACAAGAUGCUAUGCCUUCCACUUUGCCAUUCAUCUUGCCACAAGAAGCCUCCUGAAAAAUGAGCAGCUCACACCGUCUACUGCAUGCCGCAAUGGGAAGGCUCUGGAGAUGACGACAAGAUCUACCACGGCUCUCAAUCUGUUUUCCGCUCACGGUAGACGAUCCAAGAAUUUCUUCAAAAACCUUUUGCUAUAUCAGUGUGCGUCGUCGUCGUCGACGACGUGCCACAGCAAGCACAGAUGUUUCAAAGCAAAACGGCAAUCACCUGAUUCGCAACUACGGCACUCUCGGCCUCAACGGUCGUUCAUGUACGGCCAUGAGAUGGCAGUCCUGCUGAUCGAUGCGCAUGCGGAUCGGAACACCCCAUCUACCUCGCCGACCAAAGCAUGA